AUGGAUGAGGCGGAGCGAGUGGAGAUUGCAGGCCAUGUGGGCCGCCUGGGUACCGAACUGAUCCGCUUUGCGGAGCUGGCGCGCGCGAGGUUGAACGCCAUGCAAGAUCGCGGUGUGCCGAAUCUGAGCUUGGAGGAUCAGCCCCAUCCGGCCAUCUAUCUGGAGGCGGGUCUCGGACCUUGGGGGAAAGACAAGGGUGACACGUUGCACCGCUGGCGCUCCUCGCCCGUCCAGCGACCUCGGGACCUGCCUGAACCUCCUGAAUCACCAGGUCCAGGUGGCUAUUUCCUGGAGGCGCCCCGUAGGCACUGCCGUGCUAGCGUCCAAUCCCAGGAGCGCUCCCAACAGGCGAGCUUGGCCACGGCCCUCCGCGAGCUCAGCGAGCUCAACGGCCGUAUGAGCUGCCCGAGCCCCCCUGCGUGGUGGAGGAGCCCCCAGAACCGCCGGACUCCCCACAGGAUGCAGGCUUUGGAGCUGACGGCCGACGCGGCACACCGGACAGCGGCCGGAAGGGGCGAGGGCCGAAGCUCUUCUUGCCCAUGCCGAUGCCCUGCCAGCUCGAGGAGCAACACCCACCACCCGAAUCUCCAGGCACGCCGGAGCCUCCCUGGACGCCGGAGGAAACGGAGAGUCCCACGGCGACGGCGGUCGAG